UUGAGGCUUUAUUGUAUCUUGACGUUAGGGAAGCUUUGGAGCUACCACCUCAGCGUCAGAAAAGAGCACAGACUUGUGACGAGCGGGCCAUACUCGGUGGUGCGCCACCCAAGCUACACUGGCCUCCUUCUCCAAAGUGCUGGCGCUGUCAUCAUGUACGGAAGUCAAGGAUCGUGGAUGAGGCAGUCUGGGAUAUUGCAAGUGCCUUUCAUUAAAGUAUUAGCAGUGACUGGCUUUUUUGUCUCUACCACAUUAUGCGCUUGGAUUUCCAUCAACCGACCUGCAGUGGAGGACCAGAUGUUGCAGCGUGCUCUGGGCAAAGAAUGGGAGAAUUGGGCAAAGAAAGUGAGAUACAGGCUUAUUCCUGGGGUUUAUUGA